CCAAGGAGAAUACAUUUUACUAGUAAAAUGUAUUCUCCUUGGUUCGCGGCAGCUGUUUUGUGACAAGGUGUCUUAUUAGCCAAAAAUGUAUUGAAUAUUUGCGCUAUUUUCGACAAUAAAUAUAUUGCAUAUAUUUACAUUCAUUCUAUAUUUUCGAAGGAUUUGUGUUUCAGGUACAUUGCAGAUAUUUCCAGUUAGACUGAUAUCCAAUAUCGAACAAAGUGCCUCCAAUUUCUUAUCAUUCCGGUAUAAUGUCCGUUUCAACUGGGAGCAACCAUUAUAGCUUCAACACCAAGAGCGAUCUCACCGAACUGAGUGCCUCUUGGACUAUCGAGAAUGCCAGUCUUCGACUGAUUCCGUUUCCUCGUUUGCUGGAGUCGCCUCCAAUAUACUCGAACGACAGGUCCCAAAAAUGGCAUAUGUGCCUCUCCAGUCAGACAAUAUCUUCCACUUUGUACGUGGACGCAUACAUGAGGGUACAUUGUGCGGAUGUUGUUCGUGCGCAAUUUGUGCUAUCGGUUGUUGAUGAUGAAGGCGUUAAAACCAUGAUCGUAGAGAGUCCAAGCUCGGAAUUCACCGGUAGUGAUUCACGAGGUUACGGAUUGAUCGGAAACAUGACGGUACACAAUUUGGUAACGACUCAAAAGUGGACGGCAGGUGAUAAAAUUACCCUUCAUUGCGAGGUAAAGGCAAUUGCAGUGACUAGCAACAGACCAAAAGUUCGAUUCAGUCUACCGGACAUCUACCUGAACAAGCUUUCUGUGCUGGUGGAUCAGAAAUUCACGGAUGUCGUUUUGGUGUUUGGGGAACGCGAGCUCAAGGCUCACAAGGCCAUGCUGGCCGGUCACAGUUCCGUAUUCGCAGCCAUGUUCAAUUCCGACAUGAAGGAAUGCGCUGAGAAUCGUGUGGAAAUCGACGAUUUGGAUUACGAAGUGGUCGAGCAAAUGCUCCAGUUCAUCUACACGGAUAGAGCCCCGAAACUGAAGGUGAUGGCGGACCGUCUGCUGAGAGCUGCCGAUAAGUACGACCUAGAACGGCUCAAGAUCCUCUGCGAACAGGCUCUUUGUGAACUACUGUCGGUGGAUAAUGCGGUCCAUUUGCUGGCGCUAGCCAAUCGGCACAAUGCCGAUCUGCUGGCUUCCCAUGCUACCGAAAUCGUAUCGAAUAACAUUGGAGAGGUGAUGCGCACGCAGGACUGGCAUGAUAUGGUUGCGAAAUUUUCGGAAACGGUUUCGGUACAAUGUGAUGAAGAAUGCGAUGAGGAUAAAGAGGAUGAAGAUUAGCAGGAUUUUCGAAUCCUUUUUAUUAGCAAUAUAUAUUGCUACAUACAAAAUGUACAAAAAUAAUAAAACCAACAUCUGAUUAAACCACA